AUGUACCAGCUGUUACCAAUACGGUACACAACUCGCUUACUUUCCCGUCGUGACGAAAAAGUCCUUAUUUUAUUUAUUCAAGAUCAAUACUGUCUGCGGAAGAAGCCACAUACGGCGUUCAGUUUUUUUUUUCUUUUCUUUUCUUUUUAUCCCCUCGCCCGUGUCCUUCCCUUGACUCCAAUUUAUAUUUCUUUCAUUACACCAAUUCGGGGUGGGGUGGAGGGGACUCUCCCUCCCGCCCUACCUAAGCUCCUUUCUCUUCAGUUGUUUUCGGCUUCCUCGCUUCCAAUACCAUUGGCCAGUCCUUUCCGACUAACAUUAUUAUUGCUGCUUUAUUUUAUUCAUCUUAUUUUUGUUUUCUUUAAUUUGAUUUGCUGUUCUGUCACCUUUUCGCACUACUGGCGCCGCGCCAUAACGAUCAAGCCAGACGUACAUCUAGUCUUCUUUCUUUCUUUCUUUCUUUCUGUAUCAUUUAAAUUUUCUUCCCUCUUUUUCUUUCUUCUUUCUUUCUUUCUUUCUUUCUUCUUUCUUUCUUUCUUUCUUCUUUCUUUCGUUUUUCUUUCUUUCUUUUUUCCUUCUCUUACUGGAUCAGUGCCUGUGAAGCCGGAAGGUAAGUCAUUCAAAUUUUUUUAUCUAUCUAUCUAUCUAUCUAUCUAUCUAUCUAUCUAUCUAUCUAUCUAUCUAUCUAUCUAUCAAUCUAAAUAA